UCUGGUACUAACUUGGUAUUAUUUUGCUAAAGUCUUUAUGUGGAAGACAGCAACUAAUUCCAUUGGAUUACCAGUAAUAUGCAUGAGCAUCCAAACAUCCAUCUGAGAGCUAUGCUGAGCCCAGCACGCAGGAUGAGCCCACUCAUUUGCUUUGCCACUCUCUUGUCUUCCGUGGUUUGGGGAGUCAACGGGAUUAAUACAAAAGAGGAAAAUGGAAGAUUCCUGACAUGCUUCAUCUCAGAGCAGCACAGGCAGGACAUCUCGAAUCAGCAGCUCACCAGAAUCCCACCAGACCUAUCACCCAGCACCCAGUACCUGGACCUGUCCCAUAACAACAUCACUAGGGUCAACGAUGAAGACCUGGCAGCCGUGCCCAACCUCUGCAUCCUGGAGCUCCAUCACAACCCCCUGGAGUACAUCUCCCCCACAGCCUUCCUGAAAAACUCCAAGCUGGAGGCCCUCAAUAUCUCCUAUAGCCUACUGAAGGCCAUUCCAGACCUGUUGCUUCCCGCUCUUCGGGUCCUUGAUGUUUCCAGCAACCUCUAUGGAAGUUAUGCCCUGGGAAGCUCAUUUAAGAAUAUGGAGUGCCUCUUUUCUCUUGCUCUGGGAAGCCCAUAUGCCACAUCUGUUAACUACACUGAUUUCACCCCUGUGCAGAAUAUACCUUUAAGACACCUGAGCCUAGGGUACGGGGAGGGCUUGCAAAGUUACGAGUCUGGUUCCUUCACCCAAAUCCUGUCUCUACGCAAACUGACGCUCAUCAUGCCAUUCUGUGAACGCUUCUCAAUGUUCCAGGACAUUCUCAAUGACCUUCAAAGAACACAAGUGGAGAGCUUAGUGCUGGUCAAGUUUCUCCCCAGAUAUUGCAACAUCUCCUGUGACCCAUUUGAGGGUCUCAGACUAAUGAGAUCCUUGAAGAACAUCACUUUCAUGGACACCUGGUUCAACAGCUCAGUCUUAUAUAAGUUUCUCCAGAAUCUCUAUAGCUCUCCAAUCCAAGUCACUGCUUUCCUUAACAUCACUUAUAAUGAAGAUACCGAAGAGCUUCAUAUGGACUGUGAUCCAGGUAAACACGCACUUAACCUAAAAGCUGUCAUUUUGGAUGGUAUCUUGCAUUACCAGAUGAGAUAUCCAAAGUUCAGCAUCAAUGUGACCUGUUAUUCCCAGUUGACCUACCUGAAGUUCUCUGGCUCAGGGAUGAACAUCUCACCCUGCAACUUGUUAUCCUCUCUGCCCUCUCUGGAGGUCCUAGAUGUGUCCAACAACCUCUUAACCUACAAUGGCUUCUGGUGGCAUGGGUGCUCCUACACCAAAGUCUUCCCAGCUUUAAAGCAGCUUAACUUGAGCAACAACAGGUUCAAAAAGCUGUGCUUCAUUGCUGAAAAAACCCAGCAGAUGAGAGCCCUGGAAACUCUGGAUCUGAGCUCCAACUCCAUUGAGCUUGAAGGCCAGUGCUCCUGGCCUUCGCACCUGACCAACCUCAUUUUGAGCAACAACAUCCUGGGCAACUCUGUCUUCAACUAUCUCUCUCCACACUUCAGAAACCUUGACCUCUCCAAGACAGGCAUUUCAGUAUUGACAAAGGACAUGCUCUCCAGGCUGCCCAACUUGACACAUCUCUUCUUGAGCUCCAAUGGCCUCCAGGUCUUGCCUGCUGAUCUCUGGGCACCCAGUAUAGAGGUGCUGCAUGUGGACCACAAUGCCAUAAGUGUCAUCAGCCAAGAUUCCUUAAAAGGGCUGCCUGGGCUCAAGGAACUAAAAGCAGGGCAUGAGCCAUUCAGCUGCAAGUGUGACUCCUAUUGGUUUGUGACCACUUUUGAUAAAAGGCUUCUGCCCGAUUGGCCAUGGCAAUACACCUGCAGCUACCCUCCUGAACUGUACGGGAUGUUACUAGAAGAGUACCAGCCAGGCAGAGUAGCCUGUGAGCCGUGGAUCCAAGCUGCAAUUGCAGUCCUUGUCAUGCUUACUGUUGUCCUGGUUCUGAGCCUCACUUUCUAUGCCUGUGAUGGAGCCUGGUACCUCAAGAUGCUCUGGGUAUGGAUCAGGGUCAAAAGGAGGAGCAGCCAGGAAACAGAGAGGCUGGAGAAUGCAUCUUUCCAUUACCAUGCCUUCAUCUCCUACAGUCAGCAUGAUUCCAACUGGGUGGACAAGCAGCUUGCUCCCAACAUUGAGAAGGCAGGCUUCAGCCUUUGCAUCCACGAGCGUGACUUUGUGCCUGGGGACUGGAUCAUUGACAACAUCAUCAACUGCGUGGAGCGCAGCUACAAGACCCUAUUCGUGCUCUCCCAGAGCUUCAUCCGGAGUGAGUGGUGUAACUAUGAACUCUUCUUCGCCCAGCACCGGGCACUCACUAUCCAGCAGGACUCCCUGGUCUUCAUCCUGCUGGAGCCCAUUCCUGCAGACUCCCUGCCCAGGAAGUUCAUGAAGCUGCGGACCUUGCUCAGGCAGCAGACCUAUCUGGAGUGGCCUAAGGAGGAGAGGAAACAGAAGGUCUUCUGGGCCAGCCUGAAGAGAAUGUUGCAGGAGGGCAAUAAGCACAUGGUAAUGAAGCAGGCAGCAGUGGGGAUAGCUGACUUGAUGUCCGAUCUUGUCAUUGAUUAAAGUUUCAGCUCCUUGGCACUUUACUCAGAGUUGCUAAGUGGUUUGACAAAGUAGAAGGCUUUAAAAAUUAAAAAUUGGAAUAAUUUGGGCUAAAAUUUCAAAUAUCUUAUACAAAAAAUCAAAAGCGACUCAGUGUGUUUCACCUUUUUUGAAAACAUCUUUUAAGCGCCGCAGUCAUUUUGAUCAAUUUAAAAUAAAGUUGCGGCGCCAAAUUGAAGAAAUACGGCAAUUAUAAUUCUAAAAACAAAACAGCAAUACAACCCUGCUACCUUGAAAUGUGUAACAUUCACAAUGUCCAGCACAUACGAGACACAGAAGGAUGUUAAGCACUGCAGGGUACCAGACACGGUUCUGCUAAUUCAAACUGCAGAAGAUCCUGCUAUACUGUAAAAAGAGAGGCAACUUGCAUAAAGUCAAAGCAAACAGGUUAGGUGAUGCUUUUACUGCAGACAUAGCAAAGCACAGCCAGGGAUUAAGAAAGCACAUUUCAGAACUGAAGUCUCUUUUGCUAAAAUAAUAUGAGAUUCAUAAUCUCACAGCUCAGACAGGCAAGAAAUCAACCACUCACUCACUAGGACAAAUUUGAAUCAAACUGAAGGGAGGUAAAGUCUUAAAACCAGGCAGUCCUGCCCUGAGUGUGCACAAAUCUACAGCAGAGUUUGCAUUAUUCUAACAGGUCAUUUCGACCCACCUUUACCUUGCGGGGGCUUGUUCUGAUUAGAGCAUUCUACAGCAAUGGUCAUCCCAUAAGUGCAUCAACCACCUGGAUAUGGUUAGUCUAUCCCUUGAAGUAAGUAGUUAAUGCAACACAGCUGCUACUUAUCAAAUGAUCUCUUUGUCAAGUACUGUAAACAGGAGGACCUUGCUAGUAUCACAAUAUUCUGAUUUGGUGAGAAAGCUUAAAUUUGUGCUAAGAAAAAUGUAGCAGUUUUUACUGUUCCCACUGCAAUCUGCUUUUUGGGUUAAUUUAAGACCACUAAGAAUGUGUUUGUUGCAUAAUAAAUGACAUCUGUUUCCAGCGUGUUGUUCUUACUGUCUGAUGUGUUACGCUUUGUUGCGCAUUAUUAAUAAAGACUCUAUCAGUUCCUCUUUAGUGCCAA